AUGGCUGAAACGUGGCAUAAACAUUUUGAGCAUUGUCGUACAUUGUAUGGUUUCUAUGACUACACUAUCGGGCAAUUUCCUUUCAAACUGUGUUACGGUCAAAAAGCUCUAGAAUUUCUGGUGAAUGGAGCUCUGAAAUGCAAUAAUAGACCACUAGAAGAAGAAGAAGAAGAAGAAGAAGAAAUGCUUCGUCUAUUAAAGACUUGUUCAAGUAAUGGACUGUUUCAACGCAGAUUAACAACCGCUACAAUCAACCCUCUUGUCUCCAAAUACCAACAACAGCUUGCCAAAAACGAAAAGGCAGCGUGGCAGACCUAUCUAGAUUUAAAGAGCACUGACACACUUAUGACAGAAUUAAGCAGAGAAGAUUUUUUGAAGCUUCGUACUAAUUUAUGGUCCCUUAAAAAAGAGAAUUGGGGAACAGAAGACCGUAUUAUUCAAGUACUCGAAGACAUGAAGUCGGUGGGACAUGCUUGGACCAUUUCCGAAUACAAUGAAUAUUUUAUUGCCAAAUUUUUUCAAGCACAAUACAAUGACAUUAUGUCACUUUACAAGACUGAUCUGGUUUCUUCUCACCUGAAACUCAGUGUUGGCUCUUUCAAUGUGAUUUUAGCCACCCAUGUUCAGUUGGGCCAACUGGAUCAAGCUAUUCAAUUCGUCAAGGAAGCCAACAGUAAAUGGGACGUUGUACCAAACAUUCGUGAUUUCGAUCGUACCAUGAAUCGUUGCAUGUCCAAGAAUUCGGUGGUUGUAAACAAGGCCAAAGAAUUGAUUAAACAAUAUGGACUUUCCAGCACAAAAGUACUGAACACGAAUUUGCUUUAUAUGUUUAAAGAGAAGCGAUCGUCCGAAAUCAAGUGGAUCAUGGAAGGACAAAAAAAUAAGAAACUCGACAUUACAACCUACAAUAUAUUGAUCAAGGGAUACUGCGAUGCACGACUGACACGUGAUGCCAGUGAAGUAUAUACCGAGAUGAAGAGACAGAAUGUGAAGCCUAAUAAUUAUAUUUGUUCAAGUAUGCUGGGUAUAUUUGCGCAUACACGAGAUGUGGUAUCAGCUGAGGAAUUGGUGCGAAAUACAAUUUUGGGUGGACAUAAAGCGGACGAAGUAGUAUAUAAUCAACUUAUUAAAGUGUACUUUAAAGCAAGACAACCACAGAAAGCAUUUCAAGCGUUCCAAGAAGUCCAGAACAAUCCGAACUUACAAGUGAAUGAUGUCAUAUUAAACACAAUGAUUGAUGGAUUAGUAAUUAAUCGAGAAGUGCGAAUUGCAGGAUUGUUGUACGAUUCCAUGAUCAAGUCACAGUUCAAACCAGACAUGAUUACAUUCAACACCAUGUUGAAGGGAUACAUUAAGGCUAAUGAGAUGGAGUCAGCAAUGAAGAUUAUAUCAGACAUGUUUAAAUAUAACAUGGAACCGGAUACGGUGACUUAUACAAUUUUGAUUGACUCAAUGUUUGUGACGAGACAACCGAAAUCAACAGAGGAAAUUCUUCAGUAUAUCGACCAAAUGAAGAUUAAGCCCAACGUGUUUACGUAUAAUGCGAUAAUGAAUAAUUGGAUUAAACAACGGUGUAUGGAAAAAGCAGAGAGCACACUUGGGUUGAUGAUAAAGAACGGCAUUAAACCUACUGUUCAUACAUUUACAAAUUUGAUUCAAGGAUAUACAGAGGAGCAUGAUUUGAAUAAGGCAAUGGAAACAUAUAAAAAGCUGAUGCGCAGUGGUAUUCAACCUGAUAGAGCGACAUUUAACUUUAUGAUUGUUGGAUUUUUAAAUGCUGACCGAUUAAAUGAUGCAUAUGCCUGUUUAGAACAUAUGAAAUCCAGUAAUUUAAGCCCAACAAAGGACACUUGGAGAUUGAUUUUGCAAGAAUGUUCAAGCAAGAAGGAUUGGGUUAUUGGCAAACAAGUCAUUAAUUUAAUUGACGCUAGUGAUUUUGAGAUCAAGAAUGAAUCACUCAAGCGUACCUAUACCAUAGGUUUAUUACAGUUGCCUAAUGAACUACUGCUUUACCUAUUCCGAAACUUUCUAGACCUGGCAGACCUGUGGAGUUUAUAUCAGACCAAUAGCGAGCUUCGAAUUUUUUCAUCGACAGUGAUUGCAAGCACAUGGAAAAUUGAUACGAAUGGACGAGGAAAUGAUAUCACAAUGAAGAUGCAGUGUCGUACUGCUUUAAUAUCACUUGGUGUGCUGGCAUCUCAACAAUCUAUGGGAAAUGACAUUGUGUUUUUUUUGACAGGAUCAUCAUGUACUGCUGGUGAUUUAAUCAACAGAGAGAGCCAGUUACACCUACAAAUCAUUCAAGGGAUAUCAUCCUAUAAACACAAGUAUGUAUUAAUCGAAGAUAUCGAUAUUCGUAAUAGGAUCAGAACUGCGGUGGAUGUUGUCUUUCAUCACGCUGUCUUUGUAUCUGCCAUCCAUAAGUCACACGAUGGAGGUGCAUUAGCUGCCAUUCUGGUCAGACUCUUGUCCAAACUGGAUGUUGCCUUUCCUUCGUAUUGUAGAGAAAUCACAUACACACUGGCGGAUAAUAUAAAGGCCUUUUUGGAAUAUACAGGUUAUAAAAUUAUGGCUUCCACCACAAAUACAAACAUAACUCUAGAUAGUAUAUUUGCUUGCUUCGAUCUAAUGGGUGCAGCAUUUGUAGGUAAAAUCUUGAGUGAUAGUCAUGUUGAUUGCGCCGUACAACGUACCUGUGAACUAUUAUCAAAUCAUGUCUCCUUUAAAAAGAAGCUGUUGAUUCAUCUCUUAGAACAUUGGCUAACUGUGAAACGUGAAGUCGGUUCUGGUGAAUUGUGUAGAUACAUUCGUUUGGAAAUUGAAAAAUGUGACGCAGGAUUUAUUAAUUAAAAAGAAGAUUAAAUUAUACAAAAAAAUUAUAAGAGAGAGAAAGAGAAAGAGAAAGAGAGAGAAAGAGAGAAAGAGAGAAAGAAAGAGAGAGAGAGAGAAAGAAAGAGAAAGAUAGAGAGAGAUAGAGAGAGAUAGAGAUAGAGAUAGAGAAAAGGAU